AUGGGUCUCUGGCCAUCAAGCUGGUCUUUCUGGUCUUCAAAACCGACCUCUCCACCAAUUCAACCACAAUCUCAAUCCCUACCAACAGAAGCCCUUCGAAUCACAAAAUCUGAACCAGAAUCACAAUCACAAUCACAAUCACAAUCACAGUCCCAAUCACAACCCCUCCCAACCGACCACAGAGACCCAACCUUCACACCUUUCCAACGAGCCCGAAAACAACUAACCCUCUACUUCGGUGGCGCCGGUUUCCUCCUCCUCUCCAUGGCCGUCGCCCGCCGUUCAACCCGUCGUAGAUACCUCGCUACCGUUCCAAAGUACUAUACACCCAACACCCGUGCUUCAGAAUUGAACUUCAAUACCGGUAUAGAUGCAUUCGAAGCAUUGAACAUCGCUUCUUUGGGCGUCUUUAGCGUCGGAAUGAUGACCGUGGGUGCGGGGAUGUAUGUCGCCGAUGUGGUCAAUGUGGAUGAGAUGAGGAGGCUGUUGAGGAGUAAAUAUGGUACCGAAGGUAGGAUGAGUGAAAUGGACGUUGAGGAGGAGAUGGAGGAAUGGAUUGCUAGUGUGCUGGCUAGGAAGGAUAGGAAGGAAGCGGAUAGGGCUGCUACUGCUGCUGCCGCUGCCGCUGGGAGAUGA